AUGCCCGUCCCCGCCUCCACCCCCGCGCCCCCCAAGCAUGUCUUCGUGACCGUCGGCUCCACACGAUUCGACGCGUUGGUGAAUAGGGUCCUCUCGCCGCCAGUGCUCGACGCCCUGCGCGCGAAGGGCUACCAGACGCUUGAGGUGCAGUGCGGGAACUCGGACGUCGACAUUGGGCAGCUACAGAAGGUGGCAGAGGACAGGUGGAAGCUUGCUGGUGGAGUCGAGACAACCGUAUGGCGCUUCAAACCGAGCCUGCAAGCCGACUACGAGCAGGCGGAUUUGAUCAUCAGCCAUGCCGGGUCCGGCACCAUUCUCGACGUGCUGAGGAUGAAGAAGCCUCUCAUCGUGAUCCCCAACCCGACCCUGCUCGACAACCACCAGGCGGAGCUCUCGGACUCCCUCGCGGGCCUCAACCACCUUCGUUCGACGACUGUCGCAGACUUGCCACAAGCCAUCGAGAAGUUCGACAUCUCGACCCUCGUACCAUUCCCGCAAUUCGAUGGAAGCAGGUUCCGAGAGCUCCUGGAUGACGAGAUGGGCUUCAGCCACAGCAGGGAGACCAGCGCCGGGCGGUGA